AUGUCUACGCCCUCGAAGCCAAUCGCGCGCCAGGCCUCGAGGUCAAGCUCCAUUGCACGAUCUCCGUUCAGCAGUUCCUAUCUUUCGAGCUCACCAAUUGCACAAGCAUCGCUGGCACGCGAUCUGGCCGAGUAUUCUGAGGACGAAAUAGAGACCGCGGAAAAUGGGGAAGACGAUAGUUCCGAUGACGAGUCUUCUGAGGCAUCGACCGUAAAACCGGGAGAGCGAAAUCAUUCGAUGGCAAGUUCAUAUCGACGACCAAGUUUUGUGGCGUUUGGUGGAACUAGGCCUGCAAUUGCUCCCCAUCCACAUGAAGCUACCUAUCUAUCGAAGAAGGAAAGAAAACAGUCAAGAGCCGAAGAAAGGAGUUUGCUGAGAGACAACAACCUGGCUCCUCCAAAGCAUGGACAACCGGCGAAACGAGGAGCGCUUGGGCAACUAUACAAACGAGUCUUUGGCACCAGAAGACCAGUGGAGGAAGGAGAUGCAGAGAAUCCACCAAUGGACCCAUCUUUUACUGCAGAGCCAUCAGAAACCUCUCUAUUGUUGCCCAAUGGCGUACCGGAGUCGCAUCGAAACCAAAAGGAGCGAUUGAACAAGCAAUGGGAGGAAGCAGUGGCUUCAGGAUUGAUCAAAACGACAUGGCAAAGAGAAGCAAAGACCAUAUUUGGAUAUGCCGGACCUCUGACUAUCACUUUCUUGCUUCAAUAUUCCCUUACGGUUGCUAGCAUCUUCACUGUUGGUCGACUAGGUACAAUCGAGCUUGGAGCUGUCAGUCUUGCUAGUAUGACGGCGAACAUCACCGGAUAUGCAAUUUAUCAGGGUCUGGCUACUAGUCUUGACACUCUAUGCGCUCAAGCGUAUGGUUCCGGAAGGAAACAGUUGGUCGGUUUACAAUUGCAGCGUAUGGUUUGGUUUCUAUGGUGCUUAACUAUUCCAAUUGGCAUCUUCUGGUUAUCAGCAGAAAAGGUUCUGGAAUACAUUGUUCCUGAAAAGAGAUCUGCGGAACUUGCUGGCCUAUAUCUUCGUGUUCUGUUAGCUGGAGCACCAGGUUAUUCUUGUUUUGAAGCUGGGAAACGUUUCGUUCAAGCUCAGGGUCUCUUCUCUGCAACGACUUAUGUUCUUCUGAUCGGUGCACCGUUGAACGCAUUUAUGAAUUGGCUAUUCGUCUGGCAUUUUGGUUGGGGAUUUAUCGGAGCUCCAAUUGCAGUCGCCAUCACCGACAAUUUGUUGCCACUUCUCCUAUUCCUCUAUGUAUACUUUGUUGAUGGGCAUCAAUGCUGGAAUGGGUUUACGAGGAAGGCCUUUCGUAACUGGGGUCCUAUGGUGAGACUUGCGAUUCCGGGUCUUCUGAUGGUUGAAGCCGAGUUUCUAGCUUUCGAAAUCCUUACACUGGCAUCCAGCUAUUUCUCGACGACUCAUCUAGCAGCCCAAAGUGUACUUGCAACAAUCACCGGUAUCACAUUCCAGAUUCCAUUCCCAAUUUCCAUAGCUGCAUCAACUCGAGUGGCAAAUUUGAUAGGCGCAACUCUCACCGACGCCGCCAAAACAAGUGCUAAAGUCGCAUUUGUAAUCGCCUCCCUAGUCGGCCUCCUGAAUGUAGUCCUCCUCUCCGCAGCACGAAACUACAUCCCCCAACUCUUCACCAAUGACAAAGAGGUCGUCCACCUCGUCGCAACCGUCCUCCCAAUCUGUGCCGCCUUUCAACUCUUCGACGCGCUCGCCGCCAACGCGAACGGAUUACUGCGUGGUCUCGGUCGACAGGAAAUAGGCGGUUAUGUAAAUUUAUUCUGCUACUAUGUUAUCGCCAUGCCAAUCAGUUUCGGUACGGCAUUUGGUUGGGGAUGGGAGUUGGAAGGGUUAUGGAGUGGUGUUGCUCUGGCACUUGGGCUUGUAGCCGGGAUCGAGGCGUGGUUUUUGGCCAGAACUAACUGGCAAGAUGCUGUUGAGGCAGCGAAGAGUAGGAAUAAUGCUGGAUAA